CCAGUUCAGCCCCCCGCUGCUCUCCAAGCCUCCUGCGCUCAGUGCGGAGCGUGUCUGCAGCGCUGGGUGCCGUCAUGGAGUCCGACACGACCUCAGCCGGGAAGUAACUUUAAAAAGAAAGAAAGAAAAAAGUUAUCAGACGUGAGAAAUCUAGGAGAAGACGGACGACAGGGGGAUCUGAGAGGAGCUGCUCGGCUGGAGAGUGAAACUGUCCGGAGGUCGACGACUUGUGGCAGAUCUGGGAUCAGAAGCGGCGCGACAGCAGCAGCGCGUCUGCCGGGGUUUGGUCUUCUGCUGGUUCGGGAGAGCUGCACUGGGAAGUCGCCUCACGAUGGAGACGCUCAUCAGCAGCCCCGACACACGCAACCACUCGACGGCGUUCACCUCGGUCUUCAACUCGAGCUGUCGCUUCAACGAGGAGUUCAAAUACAUCCUGCUGCCGGUGUCCUACAGCCUGGUGUUUGUGUUCGGCUUCGUGCUCAAUGCCACGGCCCUGUGGCUGUUCUUGAGGAUGCGCCCGUGGAACCCCAGCACCGUCUACAUGUUCCACCUCGCCCUGUCCGACUUCCUGUACGUCCUCUCCCUGCCCACCCUCAUCUACUACUACGCCAACCGCAGCCACUGGCCCUUUGGACUGGCUGCCUGUAAAAUAGUGCGCUUCCUGUUCUACGCCAACCUGUACUGCAGCAUCCUCCUCCUCACCUGCAUCAGCGUGCACCGUUACCUGGGCAUCUGCCACCCCAUCAAGGCGCUGACGCUGGUCAAGUCCCGCCACGCCCACAUGGUGUGCGGCAUGGUCUGGGCCGUGGUGACCGUGUGCCUGGUGCCCAACCUCCUGUUCGUCACCACCUCCAGGAGGGACAAUGACACCCUGUGUCACGACACGACCAACCAGGAGUCCUUUGAAAGUUACGUGGACUACAGCUCGGUUGUCAUGGUGCUCCUGUUUGGCAUCCCUUUCCUUGUCAUCGUGGUGUGUUACUGCCUGAUGGCGCGGACCCUUUGCCGGCCCAGUAAAGGAUUAUCUUCAAGCCGGCAGGGCGCCGCCACGCGUCAGAAGUCCAUCAAGCUCAUCAUCGUGGUGUUGGUGGUGUUCGCCGUGAGCUUCGUCCCGUUCCACAUCACGCGGACCCUCUACUACACCUCCCGCGUGUUAGAUCUCAACUGUGACUUCCUCAACAUCGUCAACUUCACCUACAAGAUCACCAGGCCGCUGGCGAGCGUCAACAGCUGCAUCGACCCGAUUCUGUAUUUUCUUGCCGGGGAUCACUACCGGUCCAAACUCAUGUCUGUUCUGCCGGGAAAAAGAGAGACGACGAGCAGUCAGGCACAGCCGAACAGUAACCAGGGCAUCAAUCUGGUCUAUAAGAACCCGGCACAUAAAGGCGCUGGAGAGAUCGACAGAUAGUCGGAAAUCUGAAGAGUUCUGUUGCUCUAGGCGAAGCUAACAUUACUAAUGAGGAAGCAGCUGUUUGGGUUUUUUCUUUUUUGUUGCACUGAGAGGUUUGGAAGAGACUCAGUUCACGUCUCAUGCUAGCAGUUCACAGACGUCAUCUCCUGUAGGGACAUUUUAUCAAAGUUUCAGAGAAAGACGACGCGAUUGCAGUUUGCAUCGCGCGUUGUACGAGGCAGCUUUGUUCCAAAAUAAAAAUGCUCCGCCGUCUACAUUACUAUCUAUUCGACAGGUAUUUGAAAACUGCAGGACAUUUUCUGAAGAUCCCAAAACAAUUAUCGACAAAACGACAGAAUUUAUUGCACUUACCGACUGGCCUGUUUUUUCCUUAUCAGUCAGAGGCAGGUCAUUAUCGGUGAUCGGCGUGGCACGGAAAAAAAUAAAUCCCUGUCUGUACUAUCUGUGGUUAACGGACAUAAUGUUUCAGUUACUCUCUUUUUUAAUAAACUUACUGUCAGUCUUUCCUAACAAAUCUGAGCCCUUUCCUUAUGUACAGUCUACCAUUGAGGCAUUUUAACAUGAAGCUCGAGCUAUAAUAAAACUGUGUAUUGGGAAAUGGUGUCUUAGAUGAAGAGUAACGGGAACAGAAACUGAGAAACUGGCAGGUGCUUUAAAGUAAAUCACAGAUGAUCCAGUCAGUGAAUCGUUUGUCAUGUUCUGUCUCAACAUUAAAGGCCACGUCUGACCGGAGAUGACAGAUCGCCUGGCGUUGCCUCAGCAGUGAGACACUUGAAUGAUGAGGCAAUCCGUCCUGUUGUAUCAACAGUGUCUGCGCGUUACCCAGAAACACUGAACCUCCUGAUACCAGCUGUUUUUGUCCUUCAGCACUCACAGCUGUCUCUCGUUUCGACUGCGCAGAAAAAUACAGGAGAGGCUGAUCUGGACCAGGCGUAUCGUUUCAAACCUCCCACGCCUCAUUAGAGGGACGAGGGAUUUUCCUUUUGUAGCUGCCUUACCUUUGGGACUGAUACGUGGAAUCUGAAGGCCUGUCUCUCUCAGGCUUGACUCCUUGAUAGUUUUGCAGGAUGUUAACAGGAGUUGGAGGGGUUUUUACUCAGUUCCUCCACCCUUGUUUCACAGUUGAUGUGUGCUGUUUCAUCGCACAUCUCUGCGUCUUCAUUGUGUUCUCAUCUAUCUGUCUACUUGUUUUCAAUGUGUUGUCAUCAAGUGUCACCACACGAGUUACUGGUGUGAAUGCAACGAUGCUCUCUGGUCUGGUCAGAUCGAUAUCGCUAAGCUCUAACUUCUCAUUCACCCUUGGAGUGAUGCGAAACUGGUCUAUGGGUUCAGCAGAAAGCUGUUUUAAUUGACCACUUCUGUAAAACCUGCACCUCAAUGCAUUAGACCGAAACUAACUGUAGUCAUUGUGACCUGAAUAUAUGCAGAUCAGUCGAUGUUUGGGAAAUGAAAGUAGAAGUAUGUUUUCGUUGGAAAUGGCAGCAACAUGCGAGAAGCAAAGGGGCAUAAGGGAAAAACAAAAACACUACACAGUUAUCAUGUUAUCAUCUCAACGGCAAGAAGAUGAUGCAGGCUGCUGUUUAGAUGAAGUUGUAGAUUUUUUUUUCCCAUAUAGCAAUUUUUCCCUAAAGUCCCGUAAAAUCUGCAGAAUAUCCACACUGUGUGACACCUGAUACACCUGCUAAUCAGCAUUUUAUAUUUGCUUUUCCAGCAUUUUAUGUAUUUAUUUACUUUAUUUUAAUAGAAGCACUGACACAUUAGAAUAGGUUGGAUAUUUUACUUUAUUUUAUUUAUUAUUUCAUUUUAUACACAUAAUGUAAAAAAAAACCGAUGACCUGAUGUAUUUGGAAACUUCUGGAUUUGUUUUCACAAUCAACUUUUUAUUGCUUUAUUUGUCACAUCAAGAUCAUUGCUCACACGGCACCAUAAUCCAGUGACCUGUACAUACAAAGUGCAUGGAACACAAACUAUACACAAUAUAUGUCACCACUGUCUUGCAAAGAAAAAGAAAAUACAUAAUACACAAACAAACAAAAAAAAAACAUCAGAAGAUUUCCCAACCAACAGCGCAGAGCCACCGCAAUGAAUCACGUACGACCUCUUCUGAAACUUCUGGAUUUUCACAGGAAUUUAAAAAAGAUGAUUGUAAACAAAAAUCUCUGUGAGUUUUGAGACUCCUCGUCAGACGUUUGAAGACGUCCCCUGAGACUCUGGGGAAACGGUGAAGGACUAUUUCACAACAUUAAACAAUGUUUUACCACGGCACAAAAGUUACGACUGACCCAGUUGCCAGUUGAACGAAUGAGUUAUAAACCUGUAAAAGGCAGUAAAGUGAUGACGGGGCUGCAGCAGCGAGCUGAAGCUCGACAAUAAUAAUAAUCACAGUUGAAGCCUACGUGACAAUUUACACUGUUUGUAGAGAUGACAGCAUAUUAUUCAUAAUUUACAAACAACGGAUCAUCUGAAACUGUUAAUGAUGAUUUCUGAGUACAUUUACCUUAAUACUGUAUUUAAGUGCAUUUUUGAGGUACCUCUACUAUAGAUAGAUAGAUAGAUAGAUAGAUAGAUAGAUAAGGUCAUCAUAGCAGUGGUACAAAUACAAUCAAACUGUAAGGGCAAACAUAGAUAUAAAAAAGUAUUGCACACAAUAUGCAAACAAAACAAUAGAGUACUAAAUACAAUAAAAUGCUGAAGCAGUUACAAGAAUAAGAUAAAAUACUGAGGUAAACUUCUACUCAACUACAAUUCAGAGACAGAUAUGAUGAAUUUUACUCCACUACAUUUGUCUCAAAAAUAUAGAUACUUUGCAGGAUAAGAAUAAUACAACAAAAUGUUUUUAUUUACAUUAAUACAGUUUGUAGUCAAUAAAUUACAUUGCAAGGAAAUUCUCAAACUACGCAGCAGAUCAACCAAAGUCGAUAAAACACCUUCACCAGGUGAUAGCCACAUAUAUGCAUCAGUAUUUAUAAUCCAAUAAUAUAAAACAGAUUUCCUUUUGGUACUUUGUGUUUAUUUUGAUGCACAGAUAAAAAAAAAUAAAUAAUAAAGCACAACUUUUACUUGCGCCAGAAUAUUUUGACACUCUUUACAUCUUCAGCAUGGGAACCAAAUAAAAAGCCCAACCUGAUACAUCUGAUGCGCUAACCUGACACGUGACCCGGGUCCUGAUGACGACGGAUCAGACAACAGAGCAGCCCUGUGCUCGCUCCCCUCCUGUGACGUCAGCUCACGAGCGCCUCCCCGUGGCGGGGUUUUGUCACCAGGAAGUGGUGUUCAGCAGCAGGUCAGCCAAGACAAGAGCCCAGCUGGCAGCACCUCGAGUCAGCUAACAGCACCUGACACGAAAACUGCAAAGAAAGUCUGAAAGAAAAACACAUUUUUAUUCAGUGGAACGUGUUGCUGAAUUACGCGCAACGCGUAUUUUUGGCCCCUCGGGGCUGCAAAAACAAGGAGACCAGACGGAAGAUGAGCCCAGAAACACGGCAGAGACGACGAGGGAUUUCAAGGACGCGCGGACUUCAAUUUAAUCGAAGAGGCUGAGAGUGGAGUGGAAGAGUGACACACGGAGGAGAGAAGUUCAUUAUUCCGCUGAAAAGGAAACCAAUGGCUUUCACAGUCGCCAUGGCAACCGGCCUUUCUCUCGCUGUCAGACCUAUGAUAAGGUUUGGGCCUGAAAGACGUGCCAGACCUGCUGCCAAAGCAUCGGCCUCCACCUCACCCUGCAGACAUGGAUGAACACACGCAUGCAUACACAGACACGCACACAAACUCACACACACACACUGUGAAAACCUUUGCAUUUCUCUCGCACGUCUUUCCAAGCAUGUAAACAUACUUUACUUCCUCAUAUUUACAUAUAUGUCCAACACUCAUAUCUGCACCAGCCCCUCUGCUGCGCACCCACAAACACACACAUUCUUGCUAUUUCCACACUCCGUCUAUCUCCGUCUGUGAUGACGCAGCCGACUCUGUGCUUUCAUGCCUCGUGUCAGACGUAGACACCGAUCGGGCCACAUUCACACGGCCUUCCGUGUCGCAAACGUAAACACACGCGUGUGUUCGCUUUGCCAGUUGAUUCUCAGGCAUGUCCUAUUUUUAAAACGGUGAGCACACCUACACACAUUCUCCCAUGCUUGGUCACACCCACCGCGGCCCAGGUAAGACUCUCCUCGUCUCAGAAGAACACCCUGCACAGUUGUAAGUCAGGGGAAAAUUAGUCAGGUAAAUCUUGACACCUGACACUAGUGGUCUCUCUUUAAGGUUGUGUGCAGCACCGCCUCCAUACUUAAUGGUACAGCACCUACUGAUUAUUGCAUGCUCUGAGCUAGUCUCAUAAUUGCACAGCACAUACCUGUCCGGGGUGUAAGCCCAUCCGCUGAACAUGGGGCCCCUCUGGUACACGGUGCAUGGUAAUGCCACAACUGGGUGAGGCAGCCUCACAUGUGUCAUUUAGUGUCAGCCCCCCGAUUCUCAUGUCCUAAAAGUUGUAAAGAUUUUCAACCAGCGGAUUUUUAUGAAAAUAUUUGAUUUUCAAAUAACCAGUAACCAAUAACCAGGAUCUCAGCGGCUUUAGACAAUACUGACAACACCAAUCCGGCCUUUAAACUUUAAGUCCUGAUGGUUUUUUUCGACAGUCCUCUGGCACGUGAAUCAGUGCUCAUUUCUGUGGUUGUUUUCAUGACUUCUGAAUGAGUCACGGUGUUUGGUCGAUCGUGACACAUGCGAUACGCGGUCAGUUGUCUGUGACCACAGGAGCUUUGUAAAUAUCACUUCGGACGGCUCUUUUGAAGUUAUUCUGGGUGAUGCGUUUUAUUUUUUUUUUUAUCAAUCAGUCUCUCCUUUAACUUUCAAAUCAGAUACCUUGCUUAUCUAGGUGUCGUGUAAGAUUAUAUCAGUAGGUGGUUUUGGCUCCAUUGCUCGUCAUACAGUUGCAAAAUUGCUCCAAAACACCCAAGCUCAUCCAUGUUUACUCUAAUAAAUAAUUGUAUAUAA